AUGUGCCGCAACUGCUCCGUCGUCAACAGCUGCAACUUCAUCUGCGGGCACCAGCACCUCCUCUGGCGCGAGAACUCCAAGUUCUGCCUCUUCCACCCGCACACGGAGGCCGAGUUCCACAUGACCUCGAUCGCCUACGAGUCCGCGACGCGCGACUACGCGUGCUACGGCUGCCAGCUGAAGAGCCAGGCGAGCAAGGGCGAGCUGCGCGGCGCCGAGCGCCAGCUCUACAUCGCGAGCAACUACGAGCGCAGCAUCGAGAAGCGGCUCAAGGAGAAGGCGCAGAAGGCGCUCGCGCAGUCGCGCCAGAGCCAGCUGAGCCCCACGCCCACCAAGGACCAGCUCAUGAAGAACGCCAAGUCCCAGAUCAAGUACUACCUCGGCAAGCCGGGGCUGGGCGCUGGCAGCCGCAUCACGCUGCUCAAGGUGAUUCUGCAGGCGCCGCGGAUGCUCGAUCUCAAGGAGCUGGUCACUGUGUUCGGGUCCUACGCUGUCUGGGACCAGGAGAACGCUAAGCGUGUUUUUCUGGAGGGCAGCGAGCGCAACGCUCUGCUGGGAAUCGCGCGCCGCUCGGGCUUCAUGCAGACGCUCAAGGAUGCGAUGGCGAUGAAGCGCCCGGUGGAGGUCGAGACGAUCGUGCUGCCGUCGACGAAGAAGCACCACGCGAAGGGUGGUGCUAAGGCUGGGGCUCCCGGCGCCGCGAAGGGUCCCGCCGCAAAGGCCCCCGCGAAGAAGACUGCUGUGACGGGAAAGGCUCAGGCGACUACGGAGAGUAAGGAGAAGGCAGCUGCGAAGUAA